UGACUCGGUACUGCAGUAUCGAUGCGCAUAGCGAUAGCAAACAAUUUCAAAGUGGCAGCGUAGUGUUUGGCACGUCUAGGUUAGAGUAGCUGUUUUCAUAAUUACAAAUAUUUUAUGUUGAUGUUGCGACGAUGUUGCGCGAUCAUCGUGAACAAUUCGGAUAUUGUACACUGACCGAUGACCAAACGUAAUUUCAUCGGACAAAGCUAUCCAUUUCACAUGCGGAAAAACUCAUGGAGUGACAGACUAUCGAAAGGCACUAUUCGUGACUUCUUCGUCGAAACGACUCUGAUUAAGGUUAAAUUGCUGGCAUCUGAUUUAUUUUAAACGGUGUACGUAGGUCAGCUGAAAGAAAUGACCUCGAAUACAGCUGGCAUGUCUCACGGCGUUGCUCGGGAAGAUGUCAACUGGCGGAAAGAUUUAAUUUCGCAAUUACGUGAGAGGAAUAGAUCGCAGACCAGUUGCUUUGCAGAUCUCAUCAGUUUACAUAAUAGGCUAUUUGAAAAUGCAAAUACAUUACGGAAUACAAAUAUGCAAUUAACUAUUGCAAAUGAGACUCUUCGGCGCGAAGCGGCCAACGGUAACAUUGGCAUGGGUGGAAAUCCCGAUCUUGAAGCUAGGCUUUUAAAACAAGCAGAAGAAUUGGCGAUGCUGCAUAAAAGAAAAGGAGAGCAUACACAACAAAUAGUAGAUCUUAAUAACAAAUUACAAGAAAUGACGAAAGAAUUUCAAGCAAAGGAAGCUAGUCUUGCAGAAAGUUUAGAAGCUAAUACUAAUUUACGUUUAGAAAUAACUAAAUGUCUUGGUAGAGAGAAAGAUUUAGAAGGUAUUAAUCAAAUGCUCAAAGAUGAACACCAAGCCUUGCAACUUGCUUUUGCAUCUUUAGAAGAAAAACUUAGAAAAACACAGGAAGAAAAUCGGCAGUUGAUUGAACGAUUAAUAAAAUAUAAAGCUAGAGAUGCAGAAAAAAUGAAUGAAGAAAAUGACAAUUUUUUAAGAAAAAGACAAGCAAAGAUGCAAAAGGAAUUGGAAGAUGCAGCACGAGAUACGCGACCCGUUAGUCCUGAUCGUUUAAGCUUAAAAGAAGUUGCUGGUCUUCCGACAGCAGUCCCAACGAAAGUAUCCGUAACGUUUAGCGCCCAUGAGGGGGAAGUAUAUGCUGUUAAAUGGUCGCCUACUGAUAGAAUAGUGGCUACUGGUGGUGCUGACAGGAAGGUGAAGCUUUGGAAUAUAACUAAAGAUGUGUCGGAGAGUAAGGGCAUCCUCGUUGGCAGCAACGCCGGUGUGAUGUCAGUGGACUUCGACUCGACCGGCACCCUCAUCCUUGGAGCAUCCAACGACUACGCGAGCCGCGUCUGGACAGUCAGUGAUCUUCGCCUAAAGGUAAGUUUACAAAUGUAAGGAUUACGGAACCAGGGAGAAAGCCAAGAGGAAACGUAAGCGGUAUGUGUAUCCGCGUAUUUGUUACCAGACGUAUAUCCGGACGUAUUCGUUUCCAUCUUGCGACAUAAGCUCGAAACGUCGACCCAUCUGUCGGCUUUGCGAGAUAAAGUUCUAGUAUGACACUUGUUACGCAAAUAUGACACUAUUACUUUUCCUGCUCGCGGAGGAACGUCCGUUAAAAACGACUCUCGACUCCAUUUCGGCUCGACAGAUGGCCGAGGUAGACAGUAACACAAUGAAAGUUCCUUCCAUUAUAUUUUUUUGCACUCACAAAUAUGUGUAUAUAAUAUAUUAUAUCUAGU